AUGGAAUUGCGAUUUACAUACGCAGGAAACGUUAUUUCUAUUUACUUUCACGAGGAAGAAACUGUCAGGUCAGCUAAAGAAAAAUUAGGCCAGGAAAUAGGUUUCUCUGCAGAUCAAAUCAAGCUUCUAUAUAAAGGAUCCUUGUCAAACGAAUCCAAGUUGCAGGACGUUGUCAAAGAUAAAGCAAAGGUUAUGACUAUUGUAAAUAAAAAUGCCAACGUAGUCGACGAGACUAUGUCUCAACUUAAUUCUCCUAGAAAAAAUGCUGCUAGUUCGUAUGCUCUAAAGCCAAAGAAACCACGGUCGACUCCUAAAGAAGCAUCUUCAUAUACAUUCAAUCGUUUCGAAGUGCUUAAUUAUCCGUUUAAAGAAAGAGCCCUACAAUACUUGGAACGCCUACGAGACGAUGCUGGGAUCCAACGGAUUAUGAACACACACCGGUGGACAGUUCCUCUGCUGUCUGAAAUGGACCCAGCGGAGCAUACUCAACAUGAUUCAAAGACUUUAGGUUUGAACCAUAACCAUGGUGCACAUAUUGAACUUCGAUUACGGACAGAUCGAUAUGAUGGAUUCCGAGAUUACAAAACAGUGAAAAGCACCCUUAUUCACGAGUUGUCACAUAAUGUUCAUGGUGAACAUGACGCUUCAUUCUGGGAACUAUUCCGGCAACUUACCAAAGAAGCAGAGGCCGCUGAUCUUUUGUCAAAACCAGGAAGUUAUGUAAGUGAACAAGCGACUUAUGUCCCUCAAAAUAAUGAAACUACUGAUGAAGAUCAAAGGGAUCACAAGAGAGAUAUAUUAUUAGCUGCAGCUGAAAGAAGAAGAAACGCAAGCAAGUAA